AGUGGAUCAGAGCGAAAGCGCAGAGACAACAAAGAAGAAGAAGAAGCAGCAGCAGCAGGGCAGAGUCAGUCAGCAUUUCGAUUUUGCAAUGGCCGAAGAAGAGGUAUGGAAAUGUCGAAAGCAUCCCUUAAAGCGAAGAAGCAACGGUGUCUGCCCUCUUUGCCUCAGAGAUCGUCUCCUCCAUCUCUGCCCCGACUGCGCUAACGCUCGACCGUGUUCGUGCUGCUAUUCUUCUUCUUCUUCAUCUUCCUCUUCGUUUUCUCUUUCCUCCUCCUUUGAUGCUCCCAAAUCCAGCGCCGGAAUCGGAGUCCGAACGGUCGGAUCCGUUUCCAAUCUCAUCGACUGUGAUCCUGCCUUCCGACGGUCCAGAUCCAACACUUUCACCUUCAUCAGACGGAGACCGUCCGAUAAGGACGCCGUACAACUGAUACCUCCUGAUGUGAGUCGUACCAGAUCAUCAUUGUGGCCUGUGUUCAAGUCUUCAACUAAGUCGAAGAAAGCAGAUGAAAUAAAGGAAGAGAAAGAGAAUCUGGAGAUUGAGAAGGUGAAUAUGAUGAGGUCGAAAUCGGUUGGAAUUUCUUCUCUCUCUGAAUCUGCCGGUGCUGAUGGCAAAUUAAAGGGGAGACGUUGGCAUUUUCCGAGCCCGAUGAAGGUUUUCAGGCAGCCGAAGCCGACAAAGGUUGUUCAAGAACUGCCUCCCUUGUGCAGAGGUUGAUCUUUUCAUCUUUGAAGAUAUUCCAGAAUCUAAACAAAGACAUGUUUCUCUGUUCUUUUUUAUUUUCAGUAUAUAAAUUUUCUUUUCUUUUCUUUUAUGGAUUUUACUAUCGGAAUAGUGUUACUAAGAAGAGAUAUUUUCCCACUUUGUAAAUUUCUAUUCUAAUUGUUAUUUUGUUUUCAUUC